UCUCAUCCUUUGGAUGAAGGGCAUUAUUCCCUUAAUCCACCGUUUAAGGGGCACUUGAUCCUCUUCCAUGUGUUGCUAUAAGUUGCACCACCCAAUACAUGCCAUGCAAGUGACCUAACAGCUCUGAGGGUUACAAAUUACAAUCCAAACCACCAAAACUGUACAAGACAAUCCUCCUCUCCCUCAUUUUCUCCUAAUUCCUUCCAUCUCACUCUCCUUUCAGCUCCUCUAGUUUCAUCACCUUAUUUCUUUCUUUCUAUUUCUUCUUCUUCCUUCUUCCUUCUUCUUCAGUUAGCUUAAUUAAUUAGAUUUAGUCACAGCCAUGGUUUCUGCAGAUGUUGUUCGAACCGUGAUCGGUGUCAUAGGAAACGUUAUCUCACUCAUUCUGUUCCUGUCACCAGUGCCGACUUUUGUUCGAAUAUGGAAAAAAGGUUCAGUGGAGCAAUACUCACCAGCCCCAUACCUUGCAACCCUAGCCAACUGCAUGGUGUGGGCCCUCUACGGAUUGCCUAUGGUGCACCCUCACAGUAUUUUGGUGGUGACCAUCAAUGGCUCUGCCAUUUUCAUUGAGCUUUCCUACAUCAUCCUCUUCCUCAUCUACGCGUCUGACAAGAAGCAGAGGCUCAAAGUGCUUCUGAUUUUACUUGUGGAGCUCGUACUCAUGGCUCUUCUUGUCCUCACGGUUCUCAUUUUGGCCCAUACAUACGAGAGGAGGUCACUUAUUGUGGGCAUCGUUUGCAUUCUAUGUAACAUCAUGAUGUAUGCUUCACCUCUCGCUGUCAUGAAAUUGGUGAUUACAACAAAGAGUGUGGAAUUCAUGCCGUUUUGCCUCUCGUUAUUUUCCUUUGCCAACGGUCUUGCCUGGUUUUCAUUUGCUCUCAUCCGUUUCGACAUCUUCUUGACUAUUCCCAAUGGGCUGGGCUUACUUUUUGGGUCGGGCCAGCUGAUUCUCUACGCCACAUACUACAAGAAUACAAAGAGACUGUUGGCAGAGAGGAAAGCUAGGCAGGUGAGUUUGACAGAGGUGGUUUCCGACGGAGAUGAACCCAAAAAGAUAGGCAGUACUACUCAGAAUGGUAGUGCUCCUCACCACGGGACAUGAGCAACUCCGCCGUGUAUCGUCUCCGCUGCCGUCCAAUGAGUCGGACAAGCAGACCCCAUCAAAGAAAUAUAAGUUUUUGAUAAAGGUCGGACUUUAUCUAUGUUUGUGUUGUGUGAGACCACAAUAUGGUCACUAUGGUACAUAACAAUAGAUACAUGGUUACAUGGUUUUAUGUGUCACUCUGUGGCAUGAGUGACUUUAUACUUAUGCCAUAUGAAAUAUUAUAAUUUCAUAAUUGUACCAGGAACUAUGAGGACCAUGUAUCUAUGUUUACCUUGAAAUGAUCAAGGAUCAAGGCAGAAGCCUUGUUUAUAAAAAUACAGCUUUUUGUUUUGUGGCUA